AACAACUCAACGACGAGCAGACCAUCCCCACCCAGCGACAACCGGACUAAUCAGUAAAGAUGUGAGUUUUAUUUAUUUUUCCCCUUGCGUUCAAAUUUGUUCUUUCUUCCGGAGGUGGUUUUAUUUGGAGGGGUCCUUCGGGCAUCCAGCCCGACAUGUGGGUGAAAUGCCAAUCACAAGCUACUUACAAGAUUCGGCAUCCUCUAGAGGACCUUUGAAGAUUUCAAGUUAUGAAAAUCAAAGAAGAUGUGACGGGCAUAAAACCAUCCGACAAUUUUUAACUGGAGUAUCGGAUGGUAGGGGAGGGUCGCAUAGGGCAAUAUGACAUCCCUGGGGAGUCCAUGUGCACUGACGAUAAAUCUUAGGGUCAAUCUCCGCACACAAAAGCGCCUUGCGGCCUCUGUCAUGGGUGUCGGAAAGAGAAAGGUGUGGCUCGACCCCAACGAAAUGAACGAGAUCAGCAACGCCAAUUCCCGUAUGCCCACUUUAAAUCUGGACACCUUACGAACUACGGAACAGCUGACAAUUGUAGGCCAAACCAUCCGCAAGCUUUACAAGGAUGGCCUUAUCAUCAAAAAGCCUAACACCAUGCACUCUCGCUUCAGAACUCGUGAACUCGCUGCCGCCAAGCGUGCGGGCCGCCACACUGGUUUCGGUAAGAGAAAAGGUACCAAGGAUGCUCGUAUGCCCUCCCAAGUUUUGUGGAUGCGCCGUCUCCGUGUUCUUCGUCGGCUUCUCGUCAAGUACCGUGCCUCCGGAAAGAUUGAUAAGCACCUCUACCACGAGCUCUACCACUUGAGCAAGGGUAAUACCUUCAAGCACAAGAGAGCCUUAAUCGAGCACGUUCGUCUGCCUCAGUAUUCUAAUUGAUACCCCCGUACUGAUGGACAAAAUAGAUCCACAAGGCCAAGGCUGAAAAGGCGCGUGAACGCAUACUAAAGGAGGAGAUGGACGCCAAACGAGCCAGGACCAAGGCUGCCAGGGAGAGAAAGCAGGCUCGUCAACAAGAGAAGAAGAACGCCCUCUUGGCGGGUGCGGAGGACGAGGCGGCGGAGAAAUAAAGUGUUUUUGUGAUAAAAAUAUAAAAACCCUUUCUCUUUUUCUUACCUAUUCAUUCCUUUUUCCCUUACUCUCCUAUUUUAUUGGUAUGGAUCUGUUCUUUUAGUAUUGGAAAAGGGCGAUUAUGGGUCCUCUUUUUUUCUUUUUUUUUUGCAUGUGGGACAAAAGCAGAAAAAAAACAUUCAUUCACUUGGGUCGGGGACCAUAUGACUUUUUUUGUGGUGAGCUCGUCGGAAUGGAUGUGAUGGAGAUGAAAUAAUGUACAGUACCAUACCAGGCUGUGGGUCCCGUCUUCGUGAUUACAGACUGUAGAUAUUCGAUCUAAUAUACCCUCUGGUCGCUGGGGUUUUUUUGAUACCUAUGCCAAUGGGCUGGAAGC